AUGCCAAGGUAUGCUAAAUUCAUAAAGGAUAUCCUUUCAAAGAAGAGGUGGUUUAUUGAGCAUGAAACUGUAGUGGUGACUAAGAGUUUCAUGGAUGUCAUCAAGCAAAUUCCUCCUAAGCAGAAGGAUCUUGGAAGUUUCUCUAUUCCUUGUCACAUUGGAAACAAGUUCUUGGGACAAGCUUUGUGUGAUCUUGGAGCUAGUGUAAAUCUAAUGUCACUCUUUGUUUUCAAUAAGUUAAAGUGGGUUGAAACUAGACCAACUACUGUUACAUUGCAACUAGCUAAUCGAAGCAUGUCAUAUCCUUGGGGGAUCAUUGAAGAUGUGUUGGUAAAGGUCGAUAAAUUUAUAUUCCCUAUUGACUUUAUUGUGCUUGACUUUAAAGCCGAUAAAGAGAUGCCUUUACUCCUUAGGAAACCAUUUUUGGCAACUGGUAGGACCCUUAUUGAUGUUGAAAAAGGAGAAUUAACUUUGAGGGUUAAUGAUGAACAUGUGACAUUCAACGUGCACCAUUUGAUGAAAGCCCCGAGCCAACAUGUUCAGUGUUCUUUUAUAGACAUCAUUGAUCAGAUUGUGCGAGAUGAUUUUAACAAGUCAAUGUUUAAGGAUCCUCUCGAAGCUGUGUUGUGGGGUCUUGAACCAGAUGAUGCAGAAGUAGUAGAGCCAUCUCUUGAAGAGCCUCCAACGCUUGAACUUAAGGCUUUACCUUCUAAUUUGCAUUAUGCCUAUUUGGGCUCCAACAACACCUUACCUAUGAUUAUUUCCUCUGAUCUCACGGUUCAACAAGAAGAGCAAUUGGUAGAAGUCCUUAAGGCUCACAAAAAGGCCAUCAGAUGGAUAAUUGCAGAUAUCAAGGGUAUUGGUCCUUCUACUUGUAUGCAUAAGAACCUACCAAAAGAAAGUGUAAAGCCUCGAUUGAACAUCAAAGAAGGCUUAACCUAA